AUGGACUUGUCCAAUACUACCCGAUUCGCGUCAGCCAGCUCCUGGUAUAGAGCCAAACUAGACGACAUCACACUCAACUCACACGUCCGCCUAGACUCUGGUGUUCUUUUCGUCGAAACCAACCGUCGUAUCGAGCUAAUGGAGCCAGUGGAAGCUUACAGGAAUGCAUCCACGGAAUCGGUUGCCGAGACUCUGAAGCGAGAGUACUCCGAGGGUGUUCAGCAGAAUGCACCUUACGGUUUGCAGAUACUGAAGGCUCCUCAAAAGCUAUCGACACCCGUCUACGACAACGGAGAAUACGACUACGUAUGGGGGGCAGGGCGAGGAGUCAACGUCUAUGUUUUCGACAGCGGAUACUUUGGCGGCGGAGCACCUGGCGACAAGUCCAAUUUCUCGGAUGAGAUCAACGAUGACAUUAUGGGUCAUGGAACCCAUGUCGCUGGUAUCAUUGGUGCUUACAAGUAUGGUGUUGCGCCAUUUGCGAACCUCAUCAGCGUGAAGACUGUAGCGAAAGGCUCGGAUUUCUACACAUUUCAAACUGCUGAGCACAAGGAAAAUAAGAAACGCGACCAGAAAGAAGCGCCAUGGAGGUUUCGAGGUUCUAUCAUCAACAUGUCCAUGGUUUGGCCAGGUCACGCAGAUGCCCUUCUUUCGGAGCUGAUCGAGGCAAACAAAGCAGGGAUCACUGUGUUUGCAUCAGCUGGGAACAACGGUAUGGACGCCAGCCGAAGAAUCUACCCCUGCUCAUAUCCUGAGACUGUGUGUGUGGGCGCGAUAAACGCCACGUAUGACUUUGAUAGGCGGUACUCAAACUAUGGCGGCGUCGUCGAGUACCUUGCACCAGGUACUGAGAUCCUGAGUCUGGGAAUCAAGAGUGACGAGGAUCUAGUUUUCAGGACCGGUACUUCAAUGGCUACGCCUCACGCAGCCGGGGCGGCUGCUAUAUUCGUACACUGGCAAGGCCUUAUCAACAACCAGGCGCCUAAAUACGUGUACUACAACUCUCUCGGCGGCCUCGUCUCAGGAGUUCCAUGGGGCACAUCGUCAUACCUCAUUAACACCGGCAUUCACUCACCCAGAAAGUGGCCCAAGGAGCCGUUCAGAUGGGCAGGAGAACACCCAGUUUGGAACCACAAUGUCGAUGUUCUUGUCACAACCACUGACAUGGUUUCGGUGGCGAGCGGUACCCCCUUGACCGGCAUCGAUGUUGAGUCCUAUACGACUAUGCAGACGACCACCGUUUCUGACGCGACUGGGCUCAGCACGGAGACAGAAUCUGCCACAUGGGACCCGUCAAUUGCUGGACCAACGUGGUCCACUUCAGUUCCGACGCAAACAGCCACUUCAUUGCCCCCUCCCGGUGGUGUAGCUGGCCAACAAAUUGCCUUGGCAUCGAACAUCGACCCGUACGCCGAUCCGGAUGCCUGGAAGAGACUUCUAGGCUACGAUAGCAACAAGGUCAGCGUCCUGAUCGCCGACAUUCAGAACGGCGGCGCUGACUCACAAGUCGACAUGAGCUGGAAACAAGUCAUCAACGCGGCUAACUCCAGUGGAAAGCGGAUCAUUGGUUAUGUCAAUACUGGAUAUCUUGGCGCAAGCGAGCAGCUACUCACCACACGGCUCGGCUCAAAUGAACUGGCAGACUGGGUGUCACAGAUUGAGAGCGAUGUCGAUAAAUGGUAUCGACUGUAUGGAAGCGGAAUUGGUGGUAUCUUCUUCGAUGAAGGGGCGAUUGAUUGCGGGCCCGAUAACACGUACUCGGAUCUGUACGCAUACAUCAACGCCUACACCAAACGCCGAUACCCCGGGGCUUUCACUGUGCUCCACACGGGCUCAAAUACGUCACAAUGCUUCGAGAAUACGAUGGACACGCUCUUGACAUUUACGGAUAGUUACGAGACAUACACAUCAUCUUACGCUCCACUCGACUGGACACCAGCAGACCCUCGAAAGAUCUGGCACAUUAUCGACAGCGUACCAGCGAGUGCAGUUGGCAGUGUAGUCGCCCUAGCCGGUCAGCGAGGCGCGGGGUUAGUGGAGGUGACAGACGACACACCGGACAACCCAUAUGAUACUCUCCCGGACGACGUAUACAUGCAAUCGUUCAUGGGCUCUGUACAGGGCGGCAGUGCUCCGGUCACCGACGCACCAGCCGCAGCUGAUGGCUCGGCUGCAGACGCCCCGGGAUCUUUGGCAAUCACUUCAUACGGCUACAGCUUUGUCAGUCUGUCCUGGAACUCGUCAGGCAACUUGAAUGCGGUCGGAUACAACGUUUACUUGAAUGGCGUGCAGGUCCUGAGCGUUCCCUUUUACAUGACACUUGUGACGGUCGGCGACAUCCCCCCUGGAUUGUCGGACUUGACCUUUUCCGUCAAAGCCAUCGGCGGCGGGAAUAUCGAGUCUGAAAGCUCGAACUCAGUGAGCGCAAGCACUCUGUCCCUCCCCGGCGGCAAACCCAUUAUCAAUGUACACGCCGAUCCACAGGACGGGUUCACCACAUACACCGCCGACGUUCUGGUCGCUUACUCGUCUUUGCGUGUGUACGUCACCUACUCGAAUGCGAGCGGAACGUGUGACUACCAGAAUGUCCCCGCGUGGCCAAUCUACUACAACCCCUCCAGCUGCUACUGUGCUGUCGGCAUGGUGCAGAACGGUAACCUGUACCGAUACAACGGGACGAUCACCAACCCGAAAGACAACAUACCAUGGGCUUGGGACCUGGUCGGCCCGGUGCCUAUUACUCGGGAUGGGUACACUUAUAGCUGGGUGGCGCCAAUUGGGUCGUCAACGAUGGAUACGACUUCCUUCGUCAUUCAGGCUCAAGGUCACGGACCUACUACAAACGUCUUUUCACCUUGCCCUGAGGCUGGUGACAGGCCGGACCAGGGUAUCUUCUGUGCUUGA